GACGGACGUUGGUCGUCGUCCGCGUGCCCUUCUGACUCCUCGCCUGUCACUCCACGGAAGAAGUCAAGAUGAAAUUCUCGACGCGUGCUAGUGCGCCCUUCAUUGCGCUCUCGGCGCUGUCGGCCGUUGCUCAAGCGGAGGAUGUCCUCCACAGCCGACGUAUGACGAAGCGUGGAAUUGACGCUGAUGGCAACUACAACAUCUCGUUCUUCCACGUCAAUGAUGUCCAUGCCCAUCUUGACGAGUUCAGAUCUUCUGGAGCCGACUGUACCGACCCUACCCGAGGAUGCUUUGGAGGCUACGCUCGUAUCAAGAACGUCGUUGACGAACAGCGCGCACUGGUCAACGACAGUCUUUGGCUGAACGUUGGCGAUGAAUUCCAAGGCACACUGUUCUACACCUUUUACGGCGGUGAGAAGAUCGCUGAGACCAUCAACCAAGUCGGCUUUGAUGCCAUGACUCUUGGCAACCAUGAAUUCGAUGGCGGCGAGGAGAAGCUGGGAGAUUUUCUGCAAAACUUGACCUUUCCCAUUGUUUGCGCAAACUUGCACACGCAGAACGAGAAGAUCAACAAGACGGUUCAGAAGUAUACCAUUUUCGAGGACAAGGGCUUGGCUUUGAUUGGUGUUACCACGGAUACAGUACCCAGCAUCAGUAGCCCUGACGAUUCCACUGUCUUCUCAAAUGUUGUUGAGGCCGUACAAAACGCCAUCGACGAAAUUAAGGCAACUACCAACAUCACCAGGAUUGCUGCCAUCACUCACAUUGGUUACGAGGAGGACCAGAAGCUUGCUGCAGCUGUCAGUGGUCUUCAACUCAUCAUGGGUGGUCACAGCCAUACCCUUCUCGGCGACAUGGCAAAUGCCGAGGGCAAGUACCCCACCAUCGUCAACAACAAGGAUGGUGAUGAGGUCUUCAUCGUGACUGCCUACCGAUGGGGCGAGUACGUUGGCCACAUCGACGUGACCUACGAUUCCGAGGGCAAAAUCCUCGCGUACACCGGCGCACCCAUUCACCUCACCAACGCGACCGGGCAGGAUACUGAUCUCCAAGCUCAGAUCAAGCAAUGGCGCGGUCCGUUUGAAGAGUUCGGCGCCCAGGUCCUUGGUACUUCAGAGGUAGAGCUCGACCAGACCACCUGCAGAACGCAAGAGUGCUUGCUCGGCGACUUCAUGGCCGACGCCAUGCUUGCUGACCGCAAGAAUGCCACCAGCAACGUGGACUUUGCUCUGAUCAACGGUGGUGGUGUCCGCGCAACCAUCGACAGCGGCGACAUCACCCGUGGUGAAGUUCUCACUUCCUUCCCCUUCGGCAACGCCAUCGUCCAGGUUGCGCUCAGUGGAAAAACCAUCUGGGAAACCCUGGAGGGCAUCUACACCGGCAUCAACGUCAACAACGGUAAGGCUGUUACCUCGUUCGCCCAGGUCAGCACGGGAAUCAAGAUCGAGUACAACCCCAGAAACGCAAACAACACGAAGCUUAUUUCUGUCACUAUUGGCGGGCAGCCUUUGAACAACGACACGACCUACAAUGUCGUCACGUUGGAUUUCCUCGCUGGAGGUGGUGACAACUUUUUCGAGCCUAUCGAUGAGUUUGCCUCCCUGGACACCCAGGACGAAGUGCUGGUUCGAUAUAUCCAGGCUCAAACGCCUGUCAACAUCAAGUUGGAUGGCCGUAUCUCGGCGGUGAACGCAACAACUGGAAACGGCACUAGUUCGCCUUCGCCUACGCGUAGCUCUCUUCCAGAGUCGACUGGUGCUGCUGCGCGUUUGGGAUCUGGCAUCGCGGGUGCUAGCAUCUUUGCCGUGCUUGCGGGUCUGUUUAUGCUGUAAAUGGAGAUGACGAACGUGAAAUGAAAAUGUACAUUAUGAGG